UCCAUUUUUCCUAAUCAAGCGAAAUAUCUGUCGGUUUUUUGCGGUUUAAUCUUUCUCUCCUCAGCUGGCUUUCUUCUGUCCUCAAACAUAAAUUGCCUAACAGUAGAAAAUGUAUUCAUCAAGGAAUCAUAAUUUUCAUGGCGGGUAUCAAGCAGAUUAUCAUGGUAGAUUGAUAGCAUCAAAGACAUUGAAAUUAGAAACAAAAAGAUAUUACAUAGAUGUCAAAGAAACCGAUAGAUUCAUGUUUCUUAAAUUAACUGAGAUUGAGACUGGAGGUAGAAAGAGUAAAAUAACAUUGGAUCUUCAAUCAGCCGCUGAUUUUCAUUUUAUGCUUACAGAGUUCAAUGAAUUUUACACUAAUCUUGGACCACGAACGAGCAAUGCUGGCCGUCGGGACGAGAUGGCCCCUCUGAAAAGUGACUCCUUUACAUCAAAAGAUAGAAAGAUAUUUUUAGAUCUGAAAGAAAAUAAGUGGGGUAGAUUUUUAAAGGUAACAAUGACAGUAAGUCUGGGCAGGGAGAAGCACAAAUUAAUUAUCCCGGCUCAGGGCAUGACGGAGUUGAUUGAUGCGUUCACCGAGUUGUUGAGAGAGGCAGAUGCCAAAAUUAAAAAAGGAGACCUCGACAAGGAAAAGAAAAAGAAUGAUGUCGACGAGGAGGGAGAGGAUAGGAGCGCUGACGACAACAAAGAUAGCCGAUCGAAUGUCGAUCGGGACGAAAAGAGAGAUGGAGAAGAGAACGAAGAGAGAGAGGGCAAGAGAAAGCGCGAUGUUGUUAGCUCUUCUGAACAGAGUGCAGGCGGUAGUAAUGACGACAACAGAAAUGAUAAGAAGGUGAAGAAGUCUCAUCUGUCAUACGGUGAUCAAUACCUUGAGGUCAAUGUUAAUAAAAAUUCUAGAGGAACAUUCCUAAGAAUUACGGAGGUAAACGACAACAUAGAAAAAUCAGUGAGUGUUCCGCAAGAAUUCUGGAUGAACUUUUUGAAGAAAUUGAAAAAGUCCAUCAAUGACAACAAUGUCGAUGCCAUUAACAAUAACAACAACAACAUUAAUGAUAUUGACCAACAACAACAACAAGAAUAUUAUGACAAACAACAACAGCACUAUGAUCAGCAAUCUAAUACUGUCUUUGAAUCUUUAAACAGCAUAGACCUUGUGAACAUAAACGAAUGAACGAAAGACUGUCUGAAUGAAUGAAUGAAUGAUAGCUUUAUGAUUGACCAGAUGAAUGAAUAAAUGAAUGAACAGGUGGAUGAAUGAUGAGCACACGCACAAAAGAACUGACCUGAUGAAUAAAAGAGAAUGAUUAAAAAAAACGUGAUGGUGUUAAUGGUUAAGGUACCUGGCAGGCAUUGCUGAUUUAGUGACCGGGUUCGAAUGUAAAGAAAUCCCCGCCUAUCACACGGAGAAGUGUGAUAGGCUUGUAUUCAUACGCUGUGUGUUUGUUGUAAUGAUAAAAAUGGAUGCUUAAGCGUAUGGAUAAAUUGACAGUAUUUCAUUGCAUCUUUGUGUACAAACACACACACACACACACAUACAUACAUACAUACAGAUACACAUAAUAUAUAUAAUAUCUCUCUCUCAUUAUAUGUAAUACAAAUUCCUGUACAAAACUUGUUUUCAUGUACUCUCAAUGUUAAAAUCGUUCAGUAAGUACAUUAACAACAGUGAUAUUAUAUAAUACAAGUGGAUAUAUAUAUAUAUAUAUACAUGGAUAUAUAUUAUAUAUAUCCAUGGAUAUAAUACAAGUGAAUAAACUGGAUUCUUAAUUGAUGAUAAGACUGUUUCAUAAUAAUGAAGAAGAUGACGACGAGAAUGAUGAUAGCAAAUGAUAAUGAUGUUAUUAUUAUUAAUAAUGAUGAUGAUAAAUGAUAACCAACAGAACAUUAUUUGAAGUUUUUAGAAAAAAAAAUACUGGAUUGUUUAGCUAGUUGUUGAACGUGUGUGUGUGUGUGUUUGUGAUAGCUAAACAACAUUAUCAUGAUAGUGAUUCAAACGAACGUGUCUAAGAUUUAUUAUGACCAUAAUUACGUAAUUUUAUAUUCUAAAAUAAUGUUAAUAUGCUAAUUUAUAUUAAUAUUUUAAAAUAUUAAUAUGUUUCGAUUGAUAGUUCAAAUCUUAUUUCACUUUUGAAUUAAUCGCUAUGUGUAACUAUUGGUCAAAUAAUAAUUACUGUCGAUCGGCAUUUAAACGACUAGACGGACAAGCAAAUUGUGAAUUGUUACAUACGUAUUUCAAUGCAAAAUUCUAUGAAAAGGCUUGGAUAUAAUUAAUUAUAUUAUAUAAUAUAUAUUUACAAUAUUCUAUAAAUUCUACCGAAUGUUUGGCGUUAAUACGUUUGUAGUUCGUUUAUUAAACUAAAGGUUCUACAAAAAGACUUUAGUGAGAAAAAUCGAGAAAACGAACUACAAACAUAUUAACGCCGACAUUCGGUAGAAUUUAUAGAAUAUUGUAAAAAUUAUGGUCUAUUACCAAUACACACACAAAUAUAUAUAUAUAUUAAUAUAUAUAUCCAUCCAUAGAAGAAGGCACUACAAUGAACUUAAAAUGAAACGGCAACCUAUCUUAUAUCAUAUAUAUAUCAUAUAUCUAUAUAUCAUAUCUUAAUGGGUAUAAAGUCGUACCGUAUUUCACGACCUCACCACUUGUGUGUCCGUUAUUUGUCUGAUGAAAUUUUAAGUCGUUGUGUCACUAUAUUUUGUGCCUGAUUGGUUGACAUGGAGUAUGUAUGAGUGAGGUUUAGGAAAAUAUUUUCUAAUUCGGAUAGAAGAUCAUUGAAAUAUAUUUGACCGAUUGAUUGAUUGACUGAUUGGUUGAUUGAUUGAUUAAAUGAUUGAUUGAUCAGCCGUUAGACGCUAUAUUAUUGUGAUGGUAAUUCUUCAAUUUAGAUUUAUACUUUAGUCUCAUGUCGAUGAUUAGGUUGAGUUUGUGUCGCU